AUGUCGCCACUAAUAAGUUCCUCUGUUUUUGUUGUUGUACGAGUUACGUCAUGGCUUUGGGUGGGGGGUGGGGGGAGUGGAAAUGAUUGCGUGUCUGUUCUGCAACUUAUUACGAACGGAGGGAUCAAGGUCAGGAAUCUUGCUGGCGAAGUGAAGAGUGACAGGAUCUCGAUACUGGCUGGCAUGGAGCAACAAGAAGUGAGUUCUGAGGAUGAAGAACCCAAUGUCACAGAAGAGAAGAUCGUGACCAUGAUAUUUUCAGAAUGUGACACCGAGGGAAGGGGCAAAGUUCCUGUGCUGAAGCUGAUGCAUUUCAUGUUAAGCCAGGCCGAUCAGAAGCUGGACAGGUCUGUCUUGGAGGAACUGAAACUGAUGCUGGACCCACAAGAAUCCAAUGUGGAGGUGACAAGACAGACGUUUCAUACAGCCAUGAGGACCUGGACUGAAGAAAUGAAGAAGAAGAGCAACGAUGACAUUUCCUGCAUGGACGAUGCAGAUCCGUGCAAUGCCGGCACCAUCGACCCCGGUCAGAUCUCGGAUGGCGAUCCCGCCGAGUACCCUGUCUCUGAUCUCCACAACUCUUCCAACAUCUCAUCCUUUAGUUGCAGCAGUAACGAGCCAGUGACUCUGCCUCAUGCUGUCGAGACAAAUGCUCUGAUGGAGUGCGUGAUGGAGUUGAAUUACUCGAAGAAGCGGCUGGAGGAGCAGAACGAGGACCUCCAGACGCAGCUUCAUGCCAGCGAGGAUGGUUACGCUCUGCUGCAGAAGGACUACAAGAAAAUGUGCCUCAAGUUGUCCAGCCUGCAAGGCGUCAUGCAGCAGUUCCACCAACUGCAGAAAGAGUGCGAGGAGCUGAAGGAGGCGGCAGUCGCGGCGGAAACGGCCGGCGUCGUCCUGAAGCUGAGGGAGCAGGAGCUGGAGAAAGAGGCGCGGGUCAACAGGCGGCAGCUGUCGGAACUUGAGAACCAGAAAAUGGAACUGGUACUGGAACUGGAGGUGAGCAGCAGGAAGAACCAGGAGGUGCAGAAGACAGUUACAUUGCAGAAGAUGGAAAUCGAGCAGCUGUUGAAGCAGUGCAGGCAACAUGAGCAUCUGAAUGGCACGCAGGCCGAUCACAUCUUAGAGCUGAAAGGCCGCGUUGAUGAACUGCUGAGUAGCGUACAACAUUUGCAGGAGGACAAGCAGUCACUAGAAGUCUGUCUGUUGAGCAUGGAGGAUGAGCUCCUGUCAGUCCACAGCCAGGCGUCUCUCGUGCUCUCGAGGAGAACGUCCUUGGUGGGGAAUGAGAACAUCUCAAAUAACGAAGAUGACAUGUAUGUUAGUGCGCGCUCAUCACCAUAUAGGUUUGUGGCGGACAAUCACGACAGUCUCCAGGCAGAAAUCGAAGCUGUGAACAAGGUUACAGACAGAGAGGUGCAGUGCGAAUGGUCCCUUGAUUUUCGGAAUCAGGAGAGCCAGACUGCGCCGGUCAGUGCUGAAGAUGUGGCGCGGGAGAUGCGGUCCGUCGUCGCGCAGGCCAGCCCAGACAACUCCAUGAUUCUGGGUGAGGAAUCUUGUAGCACGAAGCAGCACUCUGUCCUCGAGGAAGCUUCGGAUCCCACGUCGGACUUCCUGUGGCUGGACGUGCAGAAUUUGACCCUGUUCAAUCCUGACACACAGUUGGCGAAGUGGGUGCGCGACACGGAUGCUUUGAUUGCUGUCAGGAGAAAAACGAACCUGCAGGCCAGGCCCGGUGGCGUCUGCGACGUCUUUCACAUGGAGCAGCCGGAGCCCUCGGGGGACGAUGAGAUGCCUGGUCCCUCCCCGGCCAUCAAGAGGGCGUCCUCGGUCAACUCUGCUUCCGAGGAACAGGAGGGUACGUCGUCGAUGCGACGCUGCAUGUCCGAGUCCCAGGUGGUGAGGUCGGGCAGCGAGACGUCUUCGGGGAGUUCGUCUCCCUCGGACGUCUUUCCCAGUCUUCCCGACGUCGUGCUCCAGGAGCUGGGGCUGGCCUCUGCCGUCGCGACGCAACCCUGUGACAUCUUGUCCGAGCAGGAUAUUGAGAACAGGUUCUCUACCUUGUCACUGGCAUUCAGAACAGACAAGUUGACGCUAGUGAGCCGCCAUGAACGUCAGCAGCGACAGAGGGACCAGGCAGAAAAGAACAUGGCUGCCGAGGUGAUGAAACUGAAGGCCGCUGUCCACAACCUCAACUACUUGUGCAAGGACUCAGAGUCGAUUGAAAUCCUGGGCAAGAUCCAAGACCAAGUCGAUGUUCUCCAGCAAUCAACAGAGCGAGUGUCGAGCUCAGCAGAGAUAUUUGGAGCAGUACAGCAGGAGAGCCGAGUGUCGAAAGCAAUUGAGGUGAUGUUAACACAUGUUGAGAAUCUGAAGCGAAUGUACGAAAAGGAGCACACGGAGCUGGAGGAAACUAAGCGAGUGUUGCUGGAAAAUAACCUUGUCGUGGAUGGCAGUGCGGACAGUACAGAUGCCUCCCAGAGAAACGCACGGCAUCGUGCUCUUAAUGCAUUGGCUGUCCAAGGAAAACAGAGGAGGAGAGCAAGCAUCGCAGUCUUUCGUGUCCUCGGUUCGCCAGAUUCCACAAAGACUUCAAACACCUCCCUUACCUUUGGGGAUACGAAGCGAGGUGCUCCUCACAGCCGCCGUACAUUGUCCUCCCACGUGGAGAGUGCAGGCCCUGGUUGGGAUUCCACAGAUCGCUUAGAAAGGCAAGAAAUGCUUGGCGGUAGCAUGGAUGACAUCGAAGAGGUGGUAGACGGGCGACGUGAGAGUUCUGUUGACCUGGAGGAGCAGAGCACCACUCUGGAGGAAAACAACAACUGCACAAGUACAGUGAGCCGGAAGUCAAGCCGCUGUGAUGGUACAUCAGAAGUUGGCAGUGAGGAUGUCACCUUUAGUUUUGGGAACACAGACAACAAUCCUACACGGUCUUGUGAGAGAACGGAAGACUGCGCCGUGGACUCUGACUGUUCUCCACCAUCCCUCACGAGGAAUCUCGGCUCAUUACGUUCCUUCAGGGACUGUGCGAGGGAAUUCAUAUGCGAGAUGCACACAACAAUAGUCGAGUGCAUGGUACCCAUGAACGUGGACUACGUGUUGAUCCAGACACGGCGCUGUGCCACACUUUUGCUCCUGUUUGCAGCACUCUGGAGCCUUGUAUCCACAUUUGUGCCAACAACAGCACAAUCCAGUAAUUGUGUACCAUUCUCCUGGUUGACUUUGAAAGAUAUACUUCUUCCAUAUACGCAACUACGGCAUUAUGGUCCCCCACCCACAUAAUAGCCAUACCUUAUCUCGGUUCUGACACGAGGGGCUAAGCCCCCCAGUAUUUAAGGGCUCACCUUGUUUAGAUGUAAACUGAUGGCACCAAAGCCAAGUGGAUAUUUUCAGUUAAGCAUUUGGAACUGUAUGAGCGUAUGAUUUUGUUCAUGAAAAUGUACAGUGAUAUUUUGAUCUGUCAGCUUUUUGUUGUUGUUGUUGUUGUUGUUAUCUUCAGCAAACUUUUAAUUAUGCUGGUCACUUGCCAACUUCAGUAGUGUAUUUAUUCAUCUAGGUUAGUAUGUGUAAUUCUGUGUUUCAUGUGUUGAAAGUAAUUGUCAUUAAAUUUUCAGCAAUUUGAA